AUGCCAGCUUCUUCCUCAGAGGCUAGAGCUAGGUGGAAGAAGCGGAAAACAGAUUACGCAGCUGCACGUAAAUCUAAACUGAAAGAACUGGAAAAUGACGAUGCGUUUGAGGAUAACGAUGAUGACGAGGACCUUGAUUUGGACCCACCACACAACCCGGAAGCCGAAGAUGAUCUCCCGGAUCACAGAGUGGAUCGAGCAUCCCAGCUGAUGGGUGAGAAAGACGGUGAAAACUUGGUUGGUGGUGGAUCAAGAAUAUGUGAGUUUCCAGUUGUAAUCCAGAGACAGGUAAGUAGGCCCCACUCAUCCGUCUUUCAGAUUGUGGAAGCGGAGAGGGCCGCACGGAUUGUGGAUAACAGAGGCCAGGUGCAAAGUGGGGUGCCUUUGUUGGAGAAUAUUUCUCAUGGGCAGCUGCAGGCACUUUCUGCCGUGCCGCGUGAUAGUCCAGCUCUUCUGGGACCUCCACUGGAUGAGUCGGCAAGUGGUAGCGACAAUGGUUCUUAUGUGAUAAAGCCACCGAGGAUAAUUUCUGGAAGUGGCAUAAUUAAAAGGAUUGGAAGUGCGGGCCGUGUGCAUGUUGUGCCAGUACAUUCAGAUUGGUUUUCACCAAACUCAGUGCAUAGAUUGGAGAGACAAGUGGUGCCACACUUCUUCUUUGGGAAGCGACCAGAGCACACUCCUGAAAAAUAUAUGGAAUGUCGGAAUUUCAUUGUUGCCAAGUAUAUGGAGAACCCUCAAAAGCACCUGUCAGUUGCUGACUGCCAAGGACUAGUGGCUGAUACUGAUAAUGAAGAUUUAGUUGGCAUUGUAAAAUUUUUGGAUAGUUGGGGGAUUAUCAAUUAUUGCGCAGUACCUCUUAAGCAUGAGGUCCAAAAGGAUGGCGCAUACUUGUACGAGGACUCAAGUAAUGAACUUCAGGUGCCUUUGACUGCUUUGAAAUUUACAGAGAGCUUGAUCAGGUUUGACAAGCCAACGUGUAAGCUGAAAGCAAGUGACGUCUAUCCAGAACUAACAAGUCAGUGGGAUGAGGACCCUGAUAUUGACAGCAUCAUAAGGAAGCAAUUAUCUGAUUUUCGAUGCAGUUGUUGUUUUCGAUCUAUUCCUACUGUUUACUAUCAGUCUCAGAAGGAGGUCGAUGUGUGGCUGUGUCCCGAUUGCUAUCAUGAGGGAGGAUUUGUUGCUGGUCAUUCUAGCCUGGAUUUUGCUAAAGAAAACUCCCUGAAGGAUUAUGGGGGCACAGAUGGAGAUAGUUGGAGUGACCAGGAAACGUUACUGCUGCUCGAGGGAAUACAGUUGUACAACGAAAACUGGAACAAAAUUGCAGAGCAUGUUGGCUCAAAAUCCAAAGCACAGUGCAUAGUUCAUUUCGUCAGUCUUCCUGUAGAUGGUGUUGUGUUGGAAAAUAUCGAUGUUCCAAGCACUUCUGGUUCGUCAAAGUUGUGGAGCCAUGAUGACCAUGAUAGGACGGAGCCAGAUUCAAAUGGUUACUGCUUGCCAGGGGAUGAUACAAAAAGCAAUUUCCCUUUCUCAGAUUGUGAAAAUCCAGUGAUGUCCCUGGUAGCUUUUCUGGCAUCCGUGCUAGGGCCAAGGGUGGCUGCUGCCUGUGCCCAUGCAUCCUUGGCUUCACUUUCUAAAGAUACUGACAAAGAAGAAAGUUCUAAUGGAGGAAAUACUAGAUUGAGGAAAAAUGGUCCUCAGAGCCAACAUGAUACUGAAGGUGUUCAAUUAUCAACUGAAAAGGUGAUAGCUGCAGCAAAAGACGGUCUUGUUGCUGCAGCAUUGAAGGCGAAGCUUUUUGCUGAUCACGAAGAGCGUGAAAUCCAACGAUUAUCUGCUAAUAUCGUAAAUCAUCAGUUAAAGAGAUUAGAGCUGAAGCUGAAGCAGUUUGCAGAAAUCGAGACCAUGUUAAUGAAAGAGUGCGAACAGAUGGAAAGAACAAGACAGAGGAUUGCCGCUGAGCGGGCCCUCAUGAUGUCAGCCCAGUUUGGAUCCAGUAGUGGAUUAGCCCAACCAACAAGCCAACCUGGCAUUAGCAAUCUUAUGAUACAUAACAAUACUUCUGGAAAUAUUAGACAAGUUCCAGGUCCUCAACCGUCUUUUCUCUCUGGAUAUGGCAAUAGCCAGCAAAUGAAUCCCCAAAUGGCGAUGAUGUACGGGCUUGGCCCGAGGCUACCCCUUUCGGCUAUACACCCACCCCCAUCAACAACCUCUAAUGCCAUGUUUGGUUCUCCUUCGAAUUCUCAGCAAUCGCUUGGUCAUCAUCCAAUGCUCAGGCCAUCAUUAUCUGGGACUAAAUCGGGUUUAGGUUAG